ACAAACCCGGGCUGGCCCCAACUUCCACAUUCAUGACAAGUCCAAAGUCUUAUUGACUUAUGAUAAGGAUGCACUUCUGUCCAACUUAUAUUCACAGGACCUUUACACACUGACCUCUCUUUGACGGAAUCUGUCAACGGACAGAUGAAACUACAAAACUUUAUUCUUUUUGGAUUACCGGCACUCUUAAAGAAAAGAGACGUGAUGGAAGAUGGCAUUGACAUCUUCAGUUUAAAGGAGGCUGACUUUAACCGCAUCUGCACCUAUAUCGUACAAGACAGGCCAUGUCCAGACAUGGUAGCCAACCGGGCACACGCCUCACUACCACGAAACCUUGUCCUCAAGCCCUCACUAAAACUGGCUGAUGUGCUUGGGGUAUGGAGUACAGAAUUCAUCCCACGAGGGACACGCUUUGGCCCACUCCUUGGGGAGAUAUUUGAGAAAGACAAAGUCCCGAAGUCAGCCAACAGAAAAUACUUUUGGAGGAUUUACAAAGACAAUGACCUUUACUACUACAUUGAUGGUUACGACGUCAAAAAGGCCAACUGGAUGCGCUACGUCAACCCUGGCCACAAUACUGAGGAUCAGAAUCUCAUUGCCUGCCAGAUUGGCUACGAUAUUUACUUCUACACUGUGAAGCCAAUCCAGCCAAACACAGAGCUUCUUGUGUGGUACUGUAGAGAGUUUGCGGAGAGGCUAAACUACCCAUUGACUGGGGAACAAAUGAUGAUGAAAAUUAAAGAGCAACUUCAACAAGACUCGGACUCAGAGCAACCAACGCUAUCAUUAAAUGGUUUUCAGCAUUCGCCUGCCUCCUCUGUGGACCAAGAUGACGUUUUCAGUGAUGAGGACAAAAAGUCAGAGAAAACAGAAUCAAGAAAAGAUGCGGGAAACUCGAGAUUCGCCUUUGAUUUUGAUACUGUUAUGAAACGGGAUGGGACCCUCAGUAGUGAUGGUGAUAAGAUGGAGCUGAUGUCACCCACCCGGAAAGAGUUGCAUGUGACAAGUGAGCCAGCAACACCUGACUGUCGCAUAUUGCCUUUAACAUCCAGCCCAGUGCGGGAACCAAGUCCUAGUGAACGACUAAGUCCUUAUCACAGUCCUCUAAGAAGAUUCAGUCCACAGAAAAGUCCAAGACUAAGUCCACAUGAAAGAGCAAAUCCGUUUCAUAGUCCGCAAAGAAGGCGAAGUCCAUAUGAGAGCCCACCACGAAGAUUAAGUCCAUAUGAUAGUCCUCCAAGAAGAUUAAGUCCACACCUAAUGUCACCCUAUAGUCCAGAAGCAACCCUCUUACCACGUCCUUUAGGAAAGAAUUUGCUGCUCUCGCCAAUGCGUUUGGCAGACAAAUCAACUUCCGAUACAUCUCUGGUCAAACCAUUGCCGAUCUUGCCCCAAGUGCCACCAAGUGACAUUCCAUCUCUUCAGUUUUCAAAGAAACCUCUCGAUACAGUGGAUGCUGCCGAGCCUAUGCUAUGCAAUGGACGCUUUAUAAAAACAGAACUGGAGGAAAGUAUACCAAAGUUUCCUCAUCCGCCACCAGGUGUUAUUCCUCCAUUGACUUUAAAAGGAGAUGUGCGCGAGCCUAUAAAACCAGUAUUAAAACAUAUCAACCCUUUAGCAGACUCUAUCAAAAUCCCGGAGCAAUUUGUCGGCCAUCCAGGAAUGCCGCAGUUUCCAUUUAGGGGACACCAUGCGUUUUUUCCACCAACUCUUCCACCUCAGAUUCCUUCAUCGCUAGGAGCAUUAGCAAAGCCAUCUCCAUCAUCGUUAAUCCCUAUGGACUUGAAAUCGGCAAGCAAAGGUGCCUUCCCAUACUUAUACCCAUCUUCGCAUAUUGCGCAACUCUUUGCCAUGAACCACAUGUUGCCCAUGUAUAACCCAAGCUUGGCUUGGCAGAUGUACCCAGCACUCUACCAGAACAUGGUCAGCAGCUUAGGACAAUCUAUCCCAACAUCAACUUCCAGCCAAAAACCCGUCCACGCCCACAUCAACGGUGACCAAGCAUUGAAUCUAACAAAACCAAAAUCGGAAUCCAUGUCGCAUGCACAGAUGAUGCGUGGUUACAAAUCGCUUCCGUAUCCAUUGAAAAAGAAAGACGGCCGCAUGCAUUAUGAAUGCAAUGUGUGCAUGAAAACGUUUGGACAGUUGUCAAACUUGAAAGUUCAUUUAAGAACGCAUACCGGGGAGAGGCCAUUUUCUUGCCAAACUUGUGGGAAAGGCUUCACGCAGCUGGCACAUCUUCAGAAACAUUAUCUCGUCCAUACCGGUGAGAAACCCCAUGAGUGUGACGUCUGCCACAAACGUUUCAGCAGCACAUCUAAUCUGAAAACGCACAUGCGACUUCACAGUGGGGAAAAGCCCUUUCAGUGUAAACUAUGCCCGGCCAAAUUCACCCAGUUUGUGCACUUGAAGUUGCAUAAACGUCUUCACACCAAUGAGCGACCAUAUGAAUGCCACAAGUGCAAUAGGAAGUAUAUCAGUGCGAGCGGCUUGAAAACGCAUUGGAAGACAGGAAAUUGUAUUCCGCCAAAUUCAAACAUUGAUUACAAUAGUUUAAUCAGCGAGACUUUGGUCGGGAAGAAGGACAUUGAUCAGGAGGAAGCAAAUUGUGACCGGAUCACAGAUGAGCAGUUGAUGAGUGGAAUUGAUAUGCAUUCGUAUUCCAGCGAGUCUUUGGAUGCGAUCAGCCAGCUGUCCAUGUCGUCACCGCAGGAUGAAAGUGAUGAGGAGCUGCGGAUGAGCUCCGGAGAUGGGGAGAUCCAGGACUAAAAUCCGUUAAAGGGAGAAUAUUGCAGUGGUGUCGGGGCCCAAAGAUUUAUCUUUCUGAAUCAUUGGAACAAGUAAGAGGGCCCAUUGUCUGGUCCAAAGGCUGAAGCUGUGGCUCACAGUUCUUAAGAAAUUGUGCUGUUGCAAAAUCUUGUAGUUCAUAAUUCUUGUAGUUUGCAGAUGACAGACUCAGUGAGAAAAAAAGAACCUUAGUACCAACUUGAAAAUUACUAUUGUGCUGUGCAAUAGUUGAUUCAUGUACACCAACUAUCAGUCACUUUGCCAACAUUAACCUGGCCCAUCUGGCUACUGCAUGAAGUCUCCCUUUAAUGACAUGUGAGCGAUGGUGAAGUGGAGUUUUGGGUCGUUUGCAAUAUUGGUGGACCAAGCAAUAUUUUUGAAUUAUUUGUAAUUGUGUGUUUUGUAGGAAAAAAAUCAUCAAACCUUUCAAUGAAUUCAGACGUUUGAAGCCAAUUUUCUCAAAAAAUGGAUAUAUCGUCUUUUGGGAUGGAACUCUUCAAACACUGUAUUUUUCAAGCGACUUGAAUUAAUGAUUGUCAUUAUACAUAUGUAAUUGUAAAAUUGUAAAUAUAAUUUUUCAUGACUAAUUAGUAUUAAAAAGACUUUGAUCAGUAUUUUAGUGUCUAAACAAGCUCACCAGGUUCUUGCCAAUUUCCUAGUUGUUAGAUUUGCCAAAUGUUUUGGUUGCAUUUAUAGCUUACACGGCGAGUGAAUUAUUUCGUGAUCAUCACCUAUGAUAUUUUUAUUAGAUCAAUUUUAUUUUCUUAUUUAUGAAUCCUCUGUACAUAACCAGAAGAGGACAUUUUUCAAAUGCUUAUUUUGCCAUGCUUGUAAUGUUUUGUGGGUUACAAAUUACAGAAUUGUCCGUUAAAUGGGAUCAAAGGGUUAAGAUGGUUCUUUAGGGAUAAAUAACAGAGCAUUUUUGGAUGAGUCCAAGCUAACUGCACUACCGGUCAGCCAAAAUAAAGAUUGUAACAUUUCUUGGUAAAUUUAUGUGGAUCGCAAAAAAAGCACAAAAUUUAAAGGGCUUUAGUAUAUCAAAAGGGUUAAUUAGAUUAUACUUCUAUAAGGGCAAAAGUAACUAUGUUAACACUGAAAUAAGAACGACAUUGUGCUAUUAAAUUUGGUAAGUAUUGGUAGAGGGAAUCGACAAUCAUGAAGACACAAAUGUAUCUGAGGAUUGAUUUAAAAAUUUAAAAUUUUGAGUAAUUUAAUUUCAUAAUUGAAUUUGACGAUAUGAAUUGAUUGAAAUUUUCGACACCCAAAUAUUUUGGAGCUGAAUUACAAGUAAUUUUCAUGAUCACUACGAAGGACUUGUAUCUGUCUUUCUCAUAAAAUGAUACCUCGUCAUUGUAAAAUAUACUCAAGUUAUAAUGUCUUGCCAUUUAUUUAACUACCUGACCUGAAUGAGUAAAUUUGCCGGUGGGUUUUAAAAGUUUUACGAUGUUUAGAUUGCCAUUUGAUGGUUCUACAAUUUUUAACAACAUUCCAUUAAGAGACACAGGGCUCUCGCACUACUUUAUAGCUAAAAAGAUAUUUUGUGUGUUUUUGCCUUUGAUUUUGAACAGCAUAUUUUUCUGUACAUAUAUAUAUAAGCCAGACAUUUCACCCUCGUGCUCUAAUAAAGCCUGUUCUUUGUGGUUUCAUGAGGGUAGUUACAGGUUUUCAGUUACACCCUUCCAUAGCCUGCCAAACUUUAUACUGUAUACAUUCCAUAGUCUGUCUCGGUAUACAAUCAGAAUCUCCUACUCAAAACAUCAUUCAACAGCAUUUAUAAAGGACCAAAAUCUCAUGUAAUAUGUAACCCUGAUCCUUUAAUAAUUGAGAAAUAGAUAUUAUCUGGGUCUGGAACUGGCACAGUUCCAGAGCGCUGGACUUGUUACACGAAGGUACUGGGUUCAAUAGGUGCUGUGCCACUCAGUAAACUUGAAGUCGUAAAGUGUACAGACAGGUUUCUGGAAUGGCCUGGUGCGUAGACAGUACAGUUGACCAGUAUAAAGGCGUCACACUAAUAAAAUAAGUGCCCAACUCACUUUUUGGCCAAAUUGAGAUUUUUUACAGAAAUGGCUCCCCAUAGUAAGCCACACAAUCUGGACUAUAUGCCCAAGUAAAACAACCAAUCAUGUCGUAGAUUACAUAGAACAAGCAUUUUCGCCUAACUCAAGCAUUUGACACUGGCAUUUUUCUCUCGGACAUGGGCGUUUUUCUUUUUUUCUUUCUGUGACAUAAGCAUUAUACCACAGCUGCAUAUGUCACAUUAUAUUUGUGGGAAAAUGCCCAAGUCAGUGAUGGAAAGUGCCUAUGUCAAAUUGAUGUUAGGUCAGGCCGUAUAAGCCACGGUUAAUUGAAAAUAAACACAAGUUUUUGAAAAUUUGAAGAGGUUUUCUUUGAUUUUCUCAAAAGUACAAAAAAUAAGUUAGGCACUUAUGUUAUCAGUGUGACGAAGUGCUAUAUAAGAACUUAUACUGUUUAUCCAUGACAAUUGUUCGUUGACAAUAAAAGUAUCUAAUCAACCUAUUAAACGUUUGAUGAGAUACAAUUUGAUGGAUCCAAAUUAAUUGUAUAAUACAUUCUAAUGUUGGGUAUCUAAUUUAUGACGAUUAAUAUAUGAUAAUUUGGCAAAAUAUUGCCGAAUGUAAAGUUUUUGACUGAUUUGCAAAUCUUGCCAGUAAAUAGAUUAUAUUUUGAUAAAAGGGUAAUUUUUGUAAUUAAGAUUUAUGUAUUACAUGUAAUUAUUCUUGAGCACAGAGUGCAGUGUUUGAUUUGUGUGGA